GUCUGAAGGCGGAGUUGAGGCCAAUAAAGUCGUGUGAGGAGCAGCUCUGGAGUCAGUAUACGCUUCACUUUCACUGGAAUAAAGACAUUUUCAUUUACACCGCGGACGAAGCUUCGUGUCUCGGACCGCAGUGGAAAGCGGACUAACAAGGUUACAAUUUCACCUGCGGGACAAGUCGAAAUAACGUCACGUCGCGAAGGUGUGAGUUUAAAAUGAAGCAGCUCUCAUCACUGUGCCUGUUUGCGCUGGUGACCUUGUAUGGCCAUGAGGGCGUGCUGUCCCAGGCUCCAUCCUACGGUGAACGGGGCUCUGAUCUCGGCAUUCAGGUGUUUCAGCAAGUGGUCCGCUCCAAGCCGCUGGACAAUGUGGUGCUUUCUCCUCAUGGGGUAGCUUCCAUCCUUGGGAUGCUGCUACCAGGAGCCCACGGAGAGACCAGGAAGCAGGUCCUCAAUGCGCUCCGUUACAAGAAGAAUGGCCCGUACAAGAUGUUGAAGAAGCUGCACAAGACCUUGACAGCGAAGGCCAACCAGGACGUCGUGCUGAUUGCCAAUGGCAUGUUCAGCCAGAAGGGCUUCCCCAUGGAGGAGGCCUUUGUAGCCACCAACAAAGCUAACUUCCAGUGUGAGAGCAGGAGCCUGGACUUCGGUAACCCCCAGGGAGCAGCGGAUGAAAUCAACGAGUGGGUCAACAAUAAGACCAAAGGUCACAUCCCCAGCUUGAUCAAAGCAGACAUGUUGGACCCAGCUCUGACCCGUCUGGUCGCUGUCAACUCAAUCUACUUCAAAGGCUUGUGGAAGUCCCGCUUCCAGCCCGAGAACACCAAGAUGAGGCCCUUCAACGGGGGCGACGGAAAUGUAUAUAAAGUUCCAAUGAUGUCCAAACUGUCGGUCUUCAACAUCGGAAUGCCCACCACGCCUCAGGGACUGAAGUACAAGGUGAUUGAGCUGCCCUAUCAUGGCAACACCAUCAGCAUGCUGAUCGUUCUGCCCUCCGAAGAGGACACGCCACUGUCUCGUCUUGUCCCACACAUCAGCACAGCCACAGUGCAGAGCUGGACCAAGCUGAUGCACAUGAGAAGAGUCGGCCUGCUCAUCCCCAAGUUCUCUGCUGAUGCGGAGGUAGACUUGAAAGAACCCCUUUCGGCGCUGGGAAUGACAGACAUGUUCAGUGAGGACAAAGCUGACUUCAGACAUCUCUGUGCUGAGCCUCUGCAUAUAUCCAAGGUGCUCCAGAAAUCCAAAAUUGUGGUGAAUGAAGAUGGAACAAAAGCAGCAGCUGCCACUACUGCUAUUUUGCUGGCUCGGUCCUCUCCACCUUGGGUUACAGUGGACAGACCUUUCCUCUUCCUCAUCAGACAUAACCCAACAGGUACCAUUCUCUUUAUGGGCCAGAUCAACCAGCCUUGAGCCCAGCCAUCGCUGCUCAGCCUCUGGUACAGUAGCAUCAUAGGCCAGCGCUGGAAAUGCUUCUACACUGCCACGCAUGAACACACACACACACACAAACACAAACUUUGCUGUAGACUUAUGUACAGUGUGGACAUAUGUUAUUUGUUUUAAAUAUUGCUUUUUAUGUUACCGAUUUUCUGUAAUGCAUAACAUGCUUUAUAAAAUGUUUUGCUGACUAAAUUUUCCAGCUGUUUUAAUUUUUUUGUAUACUUUUUUUGAAUUUAUUACAUUUUUAAAAGACUUUGAAUGUCAGUUGUGUAUUUUCUCAACUCUGGAGUCGGAUAAUCAGUUUGUUUAUCAUGCCACUGUUUUAGUUUAAAAGUUCUCCAUCUCAAGUCAUGUCACUCCAGUCUGUUUAAGUUAUGGCCAUGGACAUCACAUCUUGAACGCCAUGCAUUCAGUUAAUGUUUCCCUCACUGAGGAAGUCUUCUGUUAUCAUACUUGCUUCGUAUUUGAUCAAAUAAAUACACACACUGUUUAUAACAUCAAUGAUUUGCC